ACCCGGGUCUUCCUCGCUCCGUUUCAUCCUCACAACCCUGUAAGAUCCCGACUCUUUCCCUACCAUGGGGGAAAGCGGAGGGUGGGCGAAAGAGAUACAGAGGCCACACACAUACAAAAAAGCCGGGAAAGCUGAUCUGGCCUUUCCCACGACCGUGGCAGUGGCGAGGGGAGGACCAGGCAGGCUCCAGACAUGGGACUUCCCCCCGGGAAGGGCAAUGCGAGAUUGCGUCGCGUAAAAAAACGCCCCUCCCCGCAGCAAGCGAAACCGAAAGUACAGCUGCGCGUCGGCGAAGCUUGAGCCGCGGGGUCUCCAGGCAGCGGUUCCUUCGCUGGAUUAUCUCCUCGUCUUCCUGGGGGGAAAUCCUGCGGCUCCCUUGCACUGCUUUCCGCACCAGGACGCGCCUGCCGUGCGUGCCGGAUCAGCGUCCCACGACCAGGUUCGCGUGCCGGGUUCCGCCACUUUCUUUCCUCCCUAAACUUCCAAGAAAGGAUUGUGUAACGCGUCGGAGGAAGAGGAGGGCAUACAGAUUCCUCAGUGUCCCCGGUCUCCGUCCUGGCCUGGUUUUGACCAGAGCUCAGCCAAGCAUCAUGGAAGAGCCAAUGUGCCUGAUCGAGAACAACCCCAAUGAACAGCUGCGGGUCAACCAGGAAGCUCUGAAGAUCUUGCAGAGCAUCCAGCAACCCGUGGUUGUGGUGGCCAUCGUGGGACUGUACCGCACUGGCAAGUCCUACCUCAUGAACAAGCUGGCAGGAAAGGACAAAGGAGGUUUCUCUCUGGGAUCCACAGUGCAAGCAGCCACCAAAGGUAUCUGGAUGUGGUGUCGCUCGCAUCCCCUAAAGCCUGACCACACCCUGGUGCUGUUGGACACGGAAGGGCUGGGUGAUGUCGAGAAGAGCAACCCUGAGAACGAUGCGUGGAUCUUUGCCCUCUCCAUUCUGCUUAGCAGCACCUUUGUCUACAACAGCAUGCACACCAUCGACCAGUAUGCUCUGGAGAAACUGCACUACGUGUCUGAAUUAACUGAGCAUAUCAAGGUGAAGACAUCGGCCAGGCAGAGCAGUAACAGAUAUGAUGAGAUGCCUGAUGACUUUGCCUUCUUCUUCCCAACCUUCAUCUGGACUGUUCGGGAUUUCACACUGCAGCUGACGCUGGAUGGGUGCCCUAUUUCAGAGGACGAGUAUCUGGAGCACGCACUGAAGUUGAAGAAAGAUGCCCCCAAAAAGCAAGAUCUUCCAAAGAAAUUUCUGCGGCAGUAUUUCCCCAACCGCAAGUGCUUUGCCUUUGAAUGCCCAGCCUCACGGAAAGACUUGGCCGUCUUGGAAGACCUCCCGGAAUCGAGGCUGAGCGCAGAGUUCGUGAAGCAAACGCACUGUUUCUGCAACUACAUUUAUGAGAACGCCCAGGCCAAAGUGAUCCAGGGAGGGCACUUGGUGACUGGGACAUCCCUGGGGAGCCUAGUGGAGACUUACGUGGACUCCAUCCGCAACGGAUGUAUGCCUUGCAUCGAGAAUGCUGUGGUGGCCUUGGCUCAGAUCGAGAACCAGGCCGCCGUGAAGGAUGCGCUGAACCGCUAUGAGGCAAUGGUGGACCUCAUGUUGAGUCCUCCCACUGAGGACGUCACAGAGGUUCUGCAAGUGCACGCUGCUUGCGAAGAGGAGGCCAUUCAAGUGUUCCUGGCCCGUGCCUUCAAGGACGAUGACCAAGUGCACCAGAGAGAAUUAGGGAGGCAGCUACAAGAAAAACUUCAAGAGUUGUGCACUCGCAACGAGCAGGCGUCAUCAGACCGUUGCCUGGCUGUGCUCCUGGAGCUAUUCCAAGAAAUGGAGGAGAGGAUUAGCAAUGGGGAAUAUGCAGUGCCUGGUGGCUAUCAAAGGUUCCUCGAGGACCAGAAGAAAGUAGUGGAGAAAUAUCACCAGGCGCCUGAGAAGGGAGUAAUGGCUCCCCAGGCCCUGCAAGACUUCCUGGAAUCCAAGGAGACAGCAGCCCAGUCCAUUCUGCAGGCUGACCAGACCCUCACGGACAAACAGAAGGAGCUUGAAGUGGAGAAAGCCAGGGCUGAGGCCGCCAGGCGGGAAGCUGAGCUGCAGAGACGGAUGCAAGAACAGGCCGAGCAGAUGAUCCGGGAAAAGGAUCGGAGCUAUGAGGAGCACAAGCGCCAGUUGUUGGCCAAGAUGGAAGAAGACAGGAAGGCCCUCCUGGCUGCGAAUGAGAGAUUGUUGAACCAGAAGCUCCACGAGCAGAGGCGUCUUCAACAAGAAGGAUACCAGCAGGAAUUCUCAAAGCUUCAAUCUCAGGUUCAGAGCUUGGAGUCUCAGAUACAGCAACAGAGGAGUCAGAAAAGAAGAGGAUGUGUGAUCUCUUGAGGACUGCAUGUCUGAACAGCCCUGAUGGACUGAGUGAACGAAGG